CGCGCCUAAUCCAGUUUAAAUUGAUAUUCUUUUAAAGUCCAAAGUGCUUUAAAUAGCCGAACUUUUCUAGAAGCUAAGUGUCACUUGAUUAGUCUUGGCUGCCUCGUUAAGUGGUUUUUGCUAAUCAAGGUUCUCGAACUGAUUUUGUUAAAUAACCGUAGUGUUACUGCAAGAUUGUUAUGGCAUUUGCCUCGCCACUGCCAAUGCUCAUUUCCAACUAAUCCGUCAGAUCAUCAUAUAAUACUCACUGCUCAAUUAGUUGCACGGCGGCGCUGAUGAAAUUUCGACAUAGUAACGGCGCUGAUGAAUCCCCCAAGCGGUGUUUGAAUCACAAAUUCCAUUCGCGUUUCUGAAGACAAGUUUAGCUGAGUCCCAUUAGGACGGAUUUCAAGGAAGCAUCACAUUCUCAAAAUGAAGGCCCUUAUUCUUGUCGGAGGCUUUGGCACCCGCCUGAGGCCGUUGACCCUGAGUGUACCUAAGCCGCUUGUUGAAUUUGCCAACAAACCUAUGAUUCUGCACCAGAUUGAGGCACUUAAAGACGUUGGGGUGACUGAAGUGGUUCUUGCUAUUAACUACCGGCCUGAGGUGAUGCUGAAUUUUUUGAAUCAAAGCUUGGGAUCAAGAUUACUUGUUCGCAAGAGAUUGAACCGCUUGGGACCGGGGGUCCCCUUGCCCUGGCCAGCGACAAACUGGUGGAUGAGUCUGGUGAGCCGUUUUUUGUUCUUAACAGUGAUGUCAUCAGUGAAUACCCUUUCAAAGAGAUGAUUGAAUUUCACAAGGCACAUGGAGGUUGAUGAACCUUCAAAGUAUGGUGUUGUUAUCAUGGAAGAUUCAACCGACCAAGUGGACAGAUUCGUGGAGAAGCCAAAAACAUUCGUUGGCAAUAUGAUCAAUGCUGGGAUUUAUCUUCUCAACCCUUCGGUGUUAGACCGGAUUGAAUUAAAACCCACCUCGAUCGAGAAGGAGGUGUUUCCAAAAAUUGCAGCAGAGAAAAAGCUCUUUGCCAUGGUCCUUCCGGGCUUCUGGAUGGACAUCGGGCAACCCAAGGAUUACAUCACCGGGCUGAGACUCUACCUGGACACCCUGAGGAAGAAAUCCUCAUCCAAAUUGGCUUUCGGGCCCCACAUUGUCGGAAACGUGAUUGUCGAUGAGACUGCAAAAGUCGGGGAGGGGUGUUUGAUUGGGCCGGGCUGCAGCAUUGAGGCUGGGGUCAGGCUGUCCCGCUGCACCGUCAUGCGUGGGGUCCGCAUCAAGAAGCACGCUUGCAUUUCAAGCAGCAUCAUCGGGUGGCACUCCACGGUGGGGCAGUGGGCCCGCGUGGAGAACAUGACCAUCCUCGGGGAGGACGUUCAUGUCUGCGAUGAGAUAUACAGUAAUGGGGGUGUGGUCUUGCCACACAAGGAGAUCAAAUCCAGCAUAUUGAAGCCAGAGAUAGUUAUGUGAGUAAUGUGACAGACAAGAUGUGUUUUUGUUCCGUAAUGUGGAUGUCUCUUUCUUUCUUUUCUUCUUUUAAAUGUAAUUUCCUUUCCCUGUUUUUUGCUUUCAUUUUUACAAGUGUAAAAGUUUGUUUGGAAAGUUGUAUUUGAGUUUGUGUAUGAUAGGCUUUGGUUUUACAAUGUACAUACACAAUGCUGUCCAUCUUUAAUCUCCCUAAUAAGUUCACUUGCAAAUA